AUGGCCAACAGCAGCUCCAUCAGCCACUUCCUACUGCUGGCAUUGGCAGACACGCGGCAGCUGCAGCUCCUGCACUUCUGCCUCUUCCUGGGCAUCUCCCUGGCUGCCCUCCUGGGCAACGGCCUCAUCAUCAGCGCCAUAGCCUGCAGCCACCACCUGCACACGCCCAUGUUCUUCUUCCUGCUCAACCUGGCCCUCAGUGACCUGGGCUGCAUCUGCACCACUGUGCCCAAAGCCAUGCACAAUUCCCUCUGGGACACCAGGAAUAUCGCCUAUGCAGGAUGUGCUGCACAGGUGUUUUUCUUUAUAUUCUUCAUAGGAACAGAGCUUUCCCUCCUGACCAUCAUGUGCUACGACCGCUACGUGUCCAUCUGCAAACCUCUGCACUAUGGGACCCUCCUGGGCAGCAGAGCUUGUGCCCACAUGGCAGCAGCUGCCUGGGCCAGUGCCUUUCUCAAUGCUCUGAUGCAAAUGGCCAGUACAUUUUCCCUGCCCCUAUGCCAGGUCAAUGCCCUGGGCCAGUUCUUCUGUGAGGUCCCCCAGAUCCUCAAGAUCUCCUGCUCCAAAUCCUAUCUCAGGGAUGUUGGAUUUAUUGUGGUUGGUGCCUCUAUAACUAAAGGUUGUUCUGUGUUCAUUGUUUUCUCCUAUGUGCAGAUUUUCAGGGCCGUGCUGAGGAUCUCCUCUGAGCAGGGACAGCACAAAGCCUUUUCCACAUGCCUCCCUCAUAUGGCUAUGGUCUCCCUGUUCAUCAGCACUGGUAUAAUUACCUACCUGAAGCCCCCAACCAUGUCCUCCCUAUCUCUGGAUCUGGCCCUGUCAGUUCUGUACUCAGUGGUGCCUCCAGCCCUGAACCCCCUCAUCUACAGCCUGAGGAACCAGGAGCUCUGA